CCACAAAAAGUUUGGCGACAUUUUUUAGGUUUGCCACAGAAUUUCACGCCACAGCCGGGGCGCUGGAAUCGGCCGCCACAACACCUCCAACACGCCGCAUUUCUCUCCUACUGCACUUCUCUCCAAGAACACGAAGCCGACUACCACCCUCUCCCCAGUCCUCACAUGCCGGCGGAGCAUCUGGACCCCCACUCCAAAUUCAUGCUCCGCUAGAAGAUCCUCAUGUGAAGUCAUCGGAUCUGCUCGUCGGAUCUCCAAGCACGGUCCAUUUGCAAGUAAGAGACUUUCAUUUGGUACUGCUUCAAGAUGGGUGUGAAGGAGAUGUAUCUUCAAUAUUACAAUAGUUACAAUCAGUACCUACGAAGAAGAAGGGUGCUUAUUUGCACUACCAUUUGCGUGGUUUUUUUGUGGUAUAAACUGGCUAGAUUACAUAAGAAGAGUAUUAAAUAUGGUCCUUUGUUACUAAGAGAUUUGGAACGAGAGAAGCGGCUCAACCGGCUGUAUAAUGGGACAGAAGCCAAUUGUAUUAGUGAGUUGCGCAUGUGCAAAUUUGUUUUCCAUAGGUUAUGUAGCCAUUUAAGGUCUCGUAAGCUGUUAGAGGAUACUGUCAAUGUCUCUGUUGAAGAACAGGUUGCUAUGUUCUUAAAGUUUGUUGGCCAUAGAUGGACAAAUAGGUCAGUUGGGUUUGAAUUCCUACGGUCUGGAGAAACAGUUAGCAGGUACUUCAACCUUGUUUUAGAUGCUCUAUGUGUCAUGUCACGUGACCUCAUUACUAUGAGAACCACAGAGACACAUCCAAAGAUAUCUAGUAGCCCGGGAAGAUUUCACCCUUACUUUGAGAGAUGUGUAGGAGCACUCGAUGGCACACAUGUACCAGCAUGGGUCCCCAUUUAUAUGCAGGAUAGGUUUAGAGGUAGAAAACACUACCCAACACAAAAUGUGUUAGCUGCCGUGGAUUUUGAUCUUAGGUUUACAUAUGUGUUGGCUGGAUGGGAAGGAUCAGCUCAUGACUCAUUUGUGCUCCAAGAUGCAUUGUCACGUCCCUCAGGCUUAAAAAUUCCCGAAGGUCAUUUCUUUCUAGCAGAUGCGGGUUAUGCAGCACGACCUGGCAUAUUACCUCCAUUUAGGGGUGUUCGGUACCAUCUUAAGGAGUUUCAGGGUACUAGGCGGCCAGAGAAUCCAAAAGAACUGUUCAACCUUCGACACUCUUCUCUUAGGACAACGAUAGAAUGAGCAUUUGGUACACUCAAAAACAGAUUUAAGAUACUCACAAGCCAACCGUUCUUCCCUCUCAAAACUCAAGUGAAGAUAGUUUUGGCUUGUUGUGCUUUGCACAACUUCAUAAUAGAGGAUGGUACUGAUAUUUAUGUUUAUGAAGAUGAGGCAUGGUUUGGAAGUCUUCCAAGAAGCAGUCGUGCCCAUGCUGAUAUGAACAGAGAUAAUAAACUUUGGGCCAUUAUGCGUGAUCAGCUAGCGCAACACAUGUGGGACGAUUUGGUA